AUGGGCCACCACACGCGCAGGGAAUCCCUCUCCGGGCCGUUCCCCACGUCAGCCCGGUCCGCCGGUGAGUACGUGACCGACCUCGAGUGGCCCUUCGGAAAGCUCGACGGCAUCGACUCCGACGACGUCCGCGAGACCGCCUACGAGAUCUUCUUCACGGCCUGCCGGUCAUCACCGGGCUUCGGUGGCGGCCGGAACGCCUUGUCCUUCUAUUCCUCCAAUAACCACGACAAUAACAAUAAUAAUUGUGACGGGAAUGGCAGUGGUAAUGGGCCGGCGAGUCCGGCGAGUCCGAAGCCCAGCGGAGGCGUCGUGAUAACGACGCCGACGAGCAGGGUGAAGCGGGCUCUAGGGCUGAAGAUGUUGAAGCGGUCUCCGUCGAGGAGGAUGGUGUCUGGCGGCGGCGGGGGGUCGAAUCCGGGGUCACCGAGCUCUCAUGGGGGAUCGAACGGGGGGUCGCCGUUGAUGUCGUUCACCGUGCCGCAGCUGACUAGGCCGAGGCGGCCGAUGACGUCGGCGGAGAUAAUGAGGCAGCAGAUGAGGGUGACGGAGCAGAGUGACAACCGGCUGAGGAAGACGCUCAUGAGGACCCUUGUAGGCCAAAUGGGAAGGCGAGCAGAGACCAUAAUCCUCCCACUAGAGCUCCUCCGCAACCUCAAACCCUCCGAAUUCAACGACUCCCACGAGUACUACCUCUGGCAAAAACGACAACUCAAAAUCCUCGAGUCCGGCCUCCUCCUCCACCCUUCCAUCCCCCUCGACAAGUCGAACCCCUUCGCCGCCCGCCUCCGCGACAUUGUCCGCUCCGGCGAGUCCAAGUCCAUCGACACCGGCAAGAACUCCGACACCAUGCGAACCCUAUGCAACUCCGUCGUCUCCCUCUCCUGGCGCAGCCCCAACGGCUCCACCCCCGCCGACGUUUGCCACUGGGCCGACGGCUUCCCCGUCAAUGUCCACCUCUACGUCGCCCUCCUCCGCUCCAUCUUCGACAUCCGCGACGAAACCCUAGUCCUCGACGAGGUCGACGAGCUCCUAGAGCUCAUGAAAAAGACGUGGUCCACGUUUGGCAUCACUAGGGCAACGAACAACGCGUGCUUCACGUGGGUCUUGUUCCACCAAUACGUCGCGACGGCGAUGGUGGAGCCAGAACUGCUGGGCGCGGCGCACGCGAUGCUGGCGACGGAGGUGGCGAGCGACGCGAGGAAGAGCGAGAGGGAUGUCGUUUAUACGAGGAUAUUGUCGUCGGUUUUGGGGUCGAUGAAAGGGUGGGCGGAGAAGAGGUUGAUGAGAUACCAUGAGUAUUUCUUGAGAGGGACGGUGGGGCAGAUAGAGAGCCUUUUGCCGCUGGCACUGUCGGCGUCGAGGAUAUUGGGAGAGGAUGUUACGAUCGUAGAAGGUGGUGGCGGCGGCGGCGGUGAUGGGGAGGAGAAGAGGGAUACAAUGGUGCUGGUGGACUCGUCUGGGAAUCGGGUUGACUAUUACAUUAGGUCUUCGGUCAAGAAUGCCUUUGCAAAGAUAAUUGAGAGUGGGAAUGCCAAGGAAAUAAAGGAGGAGGAGGCAAGUGAAGCUAUACUUCAUUUAGCCAAAGAGACGGAGGAUUUGGCCUUAAAGGAGAGGGAAUGCUUCAGCCCCAUACUGAAGAAGUGGCGCCCGACGGCGGCAGCGGUUGCGGCGGUGACACUUCACAACUGCUAUGGAGCUGUGCUGAAGCAGUACUUAAGUGGGAUUUCAACAUUGACAAAUGAUACGGUCGGAGUGCUACAGAGAGCUGGGAAGCUGGAAAAGAUGUUGGUCCAAAUGGUGGUUGAAGACUCAGCAGAAUGUGAAGAUGGAGGCAAAUCAAUUGUUAGGGAGAUGGUUCCUUAUGAAGUUGAUCAUGUCAUUUUGAACCUUUUGAAGAAGUGGAUUGAUGAGAGAUUGGUCAAAGGAAAAGAGUGCCUUACCAGGGCAAAAGAAACAGAAACAUGGAAUCCAAUGUCUAAAUCAGAGCCAUAUGCACAAUCAGCUGUGGAUUUAAUGAGAUUGGCUAAGGAAGCAGUGGAUGAGUUCUUUGAAAUCCCAAUAGGCAUCACUGAAGAUUUAGUUCAAGAUCUUGCUGAUGGUUUGGAGAAACUCUUCCAAGAGUACACUACAUUUGUUGCAUCAUGUGGCACCAAACAGAGUUAUGUCCCCGCACUUCCUCCUCUAACAAGAUGCAACCGAGACUCAAAGUUGCUCAAGCUAUGGAAGAAAGCCACCCCAUGUGGGGCCAACCUAGAAGAAAUCUCUUACCAAAACGGAAUGUCACCCAACGAAGGCCACCACCCACGCCCAUCAACAAGCCGAGGAACUCAACGCCUCUACAUCCGUCUCAACUCGCUCCACUACCUUCUCUCUCAUCUCCAUUCCCUCGACAAAUCCCUCUCCCUCUCCCCCCGAAUCAUUCCCUCCUCCCGAAACCGCUUCUCCAACGCCCGAAAACCGAGCUCCACCGGCUUCGAACGCACUCAAUCCGCCGUCCAAUCCGCCGGCCAGCACGUCUCCGAAUUGGCGGCCUACCGGUUAAUAUUCCUCGACUCCAACCCUGUCUUCUACGACAGCCUCUACGCAGGCGGGAGCGUCAACAACGCGAGAAUUAAGCCCGCGCUGCGAAUACUAAAGCAGAAUUUAACUCACGUCGCCAACGCGAGAAUUAAGCCCGCGCUGCGAAUACUAAAGCAGAAUUUAACUCUCAUGGCUGCGAUUCUCGACGAUAGAGCUCAGGCAUUGGCGAUGAGGGAGGUCAUGAAGGCCUCUUUCGAGGCCUUUUUGAUGGCGCUGCUUGCUGGAGGAAGUUCUAGGAUCUUUUUACGGUCGGACCACGAGAUGAUUGAGGAGGACUUCGACGCGUUGAAGAGGGUUUUCUGCAUGUGCGGGGAAGGGCUUAUUGCAGAGGGCGUGGUGGAGCGGGAGGCGGAGACGGUGGAAGGUGUUAUAACCUUGAUGGGGCAGUGCACUGAGCAGCUCAUGGAGGAUUUCAGCAUUGUUACUUGUGAAACAAGUGGGAUAGGGCUGAUGAGUAUUAUAGGGCAAAAGUUGCCGAUGCCUCCGACCACCGGGAGGUGGCACCGGUCGGAUGCGAACACGAUAUUGAGAGUGAUGUGCCAUAGGAAUGACAUAGCGGCCAAUCAGUUCUUGAAGAGGACGUUCCAAUUGGCAAAGAGGAGAUGAAGAAGAAGAUAAAAGUUUUCAUUGUGGUGCAUUUCUUGUUGUACUAUUGACUUUUAACAUGGGAAAAAAAGAA